UAUGCGGAUGUGCUGGGGCUUGCUCCCUGCAAUCCCCAAACUGGCCCUGUGGCCUUUCUCUGGACCUGCUCCCCAACCCUGAGAGACGUCAUGGAGUUUUACCUGGAGAUCGACCCUGUCACCUUGAACCUGAUCAUCCUAGUUGCGAGCUACGUCAUCUUGCUCCUGGUUUUCCUCGUCUCCUGUAUGCUGUAUGACUGCCGGGGCAAGGACCCCAGUAAGGAGUACGCGCCCGAGGCCGCGCUGGAUGCCCAGCCCUCCUUCCGCGUGGUGGUGAUGCAGCAAAGCACCCCGGGGGACCCCUGGGUGAGGGGCCCCGGCCUGCAUUUCGGAAACCCCACUCCUCCAGGGAAGAAAAGCACGAUGGUGUGAGGCUGGCUGGGCGACCCUGGGGAGAGAGCACGAGACAGCCUGGACAAGCUAUCCUCCAAGGGGCCGCAGCCCUCGCAGCACACAGGUCCCGCCCGGCCGCCGCCGUGGGAGCCCUGUCUUCCCUGCUGCUCCCUCUGCGCCCCGCGUGGAUAACCCGCGUGCUUAAGCUGCCCGGGAUCCUUGCCGUCACAGAGUGUGUCAGCGUGCUGGACGCAGGAAGGCCACAGGUUCGUGACACGUCUCUCACUGCCUUUACUGCAGGGGAGCCCCAAAUAACACAAUCCCCUUGAUGAGGGCAAAACCCCCUGAGAACCAGAGGGCAGACACAGUCCAGGCUCACUCAGGAGUAUCAAGGACAGCCUUUCUCUCAUUACUUCAUCUUCCCUGAGAACAGAAGUGGUUGAAUUACAGAAAGUAAGAGAGCAUUUGUUAUCUUCCUCUGUGGUAACAGCUCAUUUGGACUUCGACCGCCUUGGGCUCUCCGUGUUCCAGAUACACUCUUUGUGACACCAGGGUAAAGGAAGAUCUGAGCUACUUCACAACCUCCCAAGAUAGUGGGAAGUAGUCUGCCCAUGUUUAUUGUUUGCUCAAGGCUUCUCUGGACUCCACCGUUACCGCAGGAAACACCAGCCAGGGGCUGGCUCUCGGUUUGGUACAGCCUGGUGGCCUCCACUGCAAUCUCAGGUUGACAGGCCCGCAAAGCUCUGAAGUUACCAGAAAGAUGACGAACUGGCAUGGGAGGGGGACAAGGAGCAAGAGAGAGACAAGUGUGCUGCUCCAAGGGAGGACGUAACCUCGCCCGAGAGUGGCUCUGUGGCAGAGACGUGGUCGCGGAAUUUGGAGUCUGCACUGUUUGUCAGAAUUGAUAAGGAUGUUCUUAUCAUGGAAACUUACCAGGGAAAAGUUGCAUGCCGGGAGGGGAGGGAGAAAAGCUAACAUCGUGACACAGUUUUGGAGAAGAGCUGUAUGUAAGAGUCACUGGGCCCCUGCUCAGGAGAGAAAGCAGAUCCAGACACAGAAACAAAUGGUUUCUUUAAUGGUAACGAGAUUGAAUUUAACAACUCUCGCCAUCGAGAGGGUAUCCCUUUGUCUAACCUAGAUCUCUUCUGCUCUUAUACAUCACAUUCACUAUUCUCCCCUUUUCCCCUUUUGGGUUUUAUAAUGAAGCAAUGUUAAUACAGUGAUUCAUGUGAACAUGUCUCAU